AUGGGGGAUAAGGCUGCAGACUGGGCCCUCUCUCUAAUUAACAACAUAAUCAAGGGCAAAGGGAGUGCCCCCACUACCAUGAAGGCCCUAGGGGCCCAAUUCAAGGAAGCUUUUGUGGACCCAGACGCCAAACAGGCUGCUGUGCACAAGAUAGCUACCCUCACCCAGACCACCUCCAUGGCAGAAUAUGUCACAGAGUUCUGCAACCUCAUACCAGAGCUCAAUUGGAACAAGGAAGCUUACAUAGCUCAAUUCAUGUGUGGCCUUGACUGGAAGGUAAAGGAGCUCCUGUCCACAAAGGAUAAUAUUCCCAACAACCUUGAAGCAAUCUUUGCUGCCUCAAUCAAAAUAGACAAUACCUGUUGGGAAAACAAGGAGAACCACCCCAAGAAGGCACUCAAAGCCCUGGCUGCUGCAACCACUUCUACCUCCACCACUACCACCCACAGGGUCCAGCUAUCAGAAGAUCCCAAUUACAUGACCCCAGAGAAACAAGAUUGUUGA